AUGAAUGGCGGACAGGAAGUAGGGACCCUAGUUAGGGCACAAGUGCGCGGAUUGGAACACAGCUCAGUAAUCCGGUAAAGAGGAAGCAAAACAUUAGGGCUCGGGGAUGGGAGUGUUUCACUUUUACUGAUGACUGAUGCUGGUGCUCAGACACUGAACACAAUGGAGGACUCAUCCAAAGAAGAAUACAAGAUCCAUUCCUUCGACCCGGAAACACAGAAACUGCUUAAAACGGCUCUUAAAGAUCCAGGUCUGGUGGAUUUGGAGGCCGUGUGUAACAUCAUUGUUGACCAGUCGUUGAAGGAUCAGGCGUUCAGCAAAGAGGCCGGACGCAUGUGUUUCAUGAUCGUCCAGGCCGAGGCGAAGCAGAACAACAGCAGCGUGUUUCGCAGUCACCUCUUGAACCGGCUGCAAAAGGAGUUCAAGAGCCGAGAGGAGAUGAGGAAGAGGUCCAUUCAGGAGUGGGUGUGUUACGUCUCCUUCAUCUGCAACAUCUUCGACUACCUCAAGGUGAAUAACAUGCCGAUGAUGGUGCUGGUUCACCCACUGUACGACUGUCUGAUGAGACUCGCCCAACCAGACGCACUCAAAAACGAAGAGGAGGUGGAUUGCCUGGUGCUGCAGCUGCAUCGUAUCGGUGAUCAGCUGGAGAAGGUGAACGCAGAGCGCAUGGACGAGCUCUUCUUCCUGCUGCGUGACGGCUUCCUGCUGCGUGACGGCCUCAGCUCGCUCACUCGCCUCCUCCUGCUCGAAAUCCUCGAAUUCCGCGCCGGAGACUGGAGCCUCAGCGAUGCGGCGCAUAAGUACUACUACAGUGAAGUGCACGACUGACUGACCGACUCACGGACUGACGCCUCGGCCAACCAGCAGCGAGCAGGAGAACGCGCGCUUUUAGAAAUGUAUGUUUAGACGGGACUUGUUUAUUCUUCAUGGGUAAAAACGCAGGAAAUGAACACGUGCCUUCUACGAGUUCAUUUCUGGGCUUUGUUCCAAGCCUCCAAACUCAGGUAUGUCAUUCUGAGUGCUGAACAGCGUGGGAAUGGAAGAGUGAAAGAGUGUGAACGUCUACAAGGUUUCAGUAGAGGGAUUUAGGAUUGAUGAUCGGUGUGUCUUGUUCUCUAGAGAUCUAAAGAUGAAUUCAUGACUUGAAGCAUAAAGGAUAUGCAGUGUGUCUCAGCGAUGUCAGACUCGUAUUCUGGACUUGAUACGACUACGACUCGUUACUUGGACUCGGUUUGAGUAGAAGCCUCAGGACUUUGGACUUGACUUGGACUCGAUUUGAGAAGUAGUCUGGGGAAUUUGACUCAAUUUGAGUAGCAGCCAAGAGACUUUGACCAUGACUUGGACUCGAUUUGAGUAGCAAACUAGUGAGCUUGACUUUUUUCUGUCUUGGGACUUUGAAGUCAGUUUGAGUACCAGCGUAAGGACUUUGCAUUGACUUGGACCUGACUGUUGAGCAGCAGCAUAGGCACUUUGGACUAGAUGUGCCCUUGAUUUGAGUAGCAAAUUAGGGAUUUUGUACUUCUGAGUAGCAGCCCUAGGACUUUGGACAGAAUAUCCUCAUGAACGUUGCCUUAUACUUGACUUAGAGCUGAUGGUAAGUGACUUGACUACAACGCUGGUGUAUGUAAACAUUUGAGAGUUCGUUAUUAUCAGCAACAAUCAGACCAAAGCAGAGACGAUAUUCUGAUUAAAAUGCUUUAAACUUGGUAGUCGAGCAGGAUCUCUAGCGCGGUGCUAAUUUAACGACUCCGUAUCACGUUCCAGUUCAAUGGACUGAAAGA